GCUCGAUGUAAACAUUACCACUUUUGUGAAAAGAAAUCCCGUGAUUGCGGCUUUGUCUAUUUGCGUCGUGUCAUUUUGUUCGUGAUAUUAUCGUAACAAGCGGCCAGUGUCCGGUUGUCCCCCGUUGUCCGCAGCUGUGUUCCGAACCGGUUCGUAAUGGACACGGUUCCGCCUACGCCACCCCCGCCAUCGGCCUCAGCGAACGAAGCCCCGCCUCUUCCGCGAUUGCCCACGGAAAUUUUGGUGACCAUCUUUCAGCAUUUACCGAUGGCGGACUUGGCCCAGGUGCGACUCACUUGCCACCAUUGGCACGACACGAUCUGCUACACGUCGUCCCUGAUGGAAAAGUUUGUGUUGUCGUUCAAGAACUGCCGCCUGUACGAGGGCUGCGAGCAGUGUCGGGUUUUGGCCAAGUCGAAGAGUGUUUACACCAAGGCAACCCUGAAGGCGGUGGCCGUCGAGGAUGCGGCGGACACGCUGUGGUGCGCCCUCGGCGAAGAUCUGCAGGACCUCACGCUGAACGAUUGUUCGAUCUCGGGGGAGACGCUGGUACGGCUGUUGAGGUGCACACCGAAUUUGAGGUAUUUCGCGCUGAAGACCACAAAGUUUGAGGAGUUUCACAUCAACAACGUUUCGGUGGACUUUCGGUUGGAGAAGCUGGAAACGCUCACGCUGCGUUCGAUCUUCGUGUACGACGAGUGCUUCGCAAUGUUCCGACAGAUUUGUCCCCGGUUGAAGGUGCUGAAGCUCAACUAUUCAUCGUUUGAGGGCUGGGGCGAGAAGUUGGUGCAGUUUGUCCAGACGGUGCGGGGCACGCUGGAGGGCAUUAAUCUGAGCUACACCAAAAUUGGCGCGAAUCUGCUGCACAAACUUGCCACCGUCGAUCGGCUGCGGUUGAAGAAGAUCUCGCUUAAAUCUAGCUACGACCUCAAGCAGAGGGACAUCAUCCAGCUGAGCCGGCUACAGCCCUCGAUCGUGCAUUUGAACAUUGACAAUUUGUUCCCCGCGGAUGAUCAGAUUCUCAGCGAAAUCAGUCGAAACCUGCCCAACUUGAAGCGCAUCAAGCUGCACAUCUGUCGGGUGCACAACCUGCAGCAUUCCUUCCUCGGGAACAUGCGCCGGUUGGAGUACUUGAAGAUCACCGACGCGACUCACGUGGCCGGCAAUCUGGACCUGAGCGCGUACGAAAAUACUCACCUCGAGAAGCUGUAUGUUUCGGCGGCGACCUUUUCGCGCAACACGCUGCCACGAUUCUUCGAAAAGUCGCCCAACAUUCGAAGUCUCACACUGUACCAGUGCUCGUACGAGAACAUCCAUGAUUUGCAGCUGUCCUUUGCCCACCUCAAGAAGCUCGAAUACCUGAACCUGCAGCGAACGUUCGACAUCGACGACAGCUUCUUCAGCCGUACCGUCUUCGACAGCGUCAACAUGCCCUUCGAGAGAAUCCGUUUUUUCCCGGUGACGAACCUGACCCGCCUGUGCUACCUUAACCUGAGCCGGUGCCGCGAUCUCUCGGACGAAACGCUGGUCGCGAUCAGCUUUCCGCGGCUCAAGAAGAUCGAUCUGCGCGGGCUAAACAUUACGGAUUUCGGCGUCCGUGCCCUCGUGCGGCAAUGUCCCCGUCUCGAGUACGUGCACGUGGACGCGUGCAAGCGAAUCUGUGACAGUGCGGUGCUAAUGCUUUGCCGUGACCUGCGGCGCCUCAAGCUGCUCAACCUGGACGGGUGUCGUGCAAUUACGGAUGCUUCCAUCGAACACGUUAUCGCGCACUGCCGGACGAGCCUGGUGUGGCUCAACAUGAUGAACUGUCCGCUGCUGACCGACGAAGCCAAGCACCGGCUUGAGGGCGUCCGAAGCAUACGGUCGCUGUACGUCUGAAGCGGCGUGCGUUGUUAGUUUGUGGUG